CCGCCUUCUGCCGCCGUUACCGGGGAUGGAGCCGGUGCCCAAAGCGGUGCUGGGAGCGGCGCUGGCCAAACCCCGGCGUCCUGUCAUCGCCUGCAGCGUCUGCCAGAUCCGCUUCAACUCCGAGAGCCAGGCAGCAGCACACUACCAGGGGAACAGGCACGCGAGGCGCCUGAAGGGGCUGGAGGCCGCCCGUGCUCGUCGUGGUGGGGACACAGGGGACAACCAGGACCCCCCUGCGCCCACCCCCAACCCGACGGGGGAGACGCCUGAACGUAAAGGCGAGCAGCCCCCAACGCCCGCAGCUCCCAGUGCCCCUGGGCCCCCCUCCCCCCCUGAUCCCCCAGCUGUGACCACAGAGGCACCGGGGGGGACGCGGGGGGGACCUGGGGGUGCAACGGAGGGGGAGGAGGAAGAGGAGAAGGCGAAGGCCAAGCGGCUGCUUUACUGUGCCCUCUGCAAGGUGGCUGUCAACUCCCUGUCCCAGCUCGAGGCACACAAUAAAG